GGUCCCGUCGUCUUCUUCCUUCCACCCUGUGGGUGCAUUUCCCUUUCUCCAGUUGGAUUCCCACUCUGUGUUAGCAGUAAGACUGGCAAUCCAUUUCACUUCAACAGCACUCUAGAAUUCCACACCCAGAGAGCAUAAAACAGAAGAAGUUCCAUUUCUCAUUUGUCGGGUUCGGAGGUUCUUGUUCUUCUCGCUCUUCUGUUUUGGGCAUUUGCGGAGGACUUGAGAGAGAGAGAGAGAGAGAGAGAGAGAGAGAGACCGACCGGCCGGCUGGCUGGCUGACUUCUGCUUCCUCCUUCCUCCGUUCCCCCUUCUUCUACUUCAUCUCCUGUCGUCUGGUGCUGGUUUUUGCUUCGUCAACACGCGGUCGUUUUUUGCAGUUGGAAGAAGAAAAGGCGUCUCCUGUGGGGGUGGGGGAUACUGUACAGCUCUUGGUCUGCUUUUCUGGUGGGUGGAGUUCAUGAUUCCUGUCUCUUGCCCUCCAUGCCAAUCCUUCCUUUUACCAAUAAGCAGGCAUCUGCAUGUUUGAUUCUUUAGACUUCUAUGAAGACACCCAACUUCGUUCCUAUGCUAUCAGACCCGAAGAAUAGAUCAUGGCUUUGCAGUCUCCUUAUUGUAGCUUCCUUGAUAUGGGGUGCUUACUUCUUUGGCAGCACAUUCAUCGCAAAGGAAUACAAAGAUGUGGGUACUUCUUCCUUGAGGUUCAUGAGAUGGGAAGUGCUCAGUGACAUGCAGAAAAGGGAUAUUUCUGCAUGCAAGGACCGCUGCAGACCCUCUGGAAGCGAGCCUUUGCCAAAGGGAAUUGUGGUCAAAGCAUCGAACUUGGAACUGCAGCCUCUGUGGGGCUCCAUCAAACAUAAUAAAAACUCGAGAGCUGAGAAGAGUUUAUUAGUGCUGGCAGUUGGAAUCAAACAAAAAGAAAUAGUGGACAAAAUCGUCAAAAAGUUUCCGCAGAGUAUUUUCGUGGUGAUGCUGUUUCACUAUGAUGGUGUUGUGGAUGACUGGAAGAAUUUAGAAUGGAGCAAACAUGCAGUACAUGUUUCAGCAGUGAAUCAGACAAAAUGGUGGUUUGCCAAGCGAUUUUUGCAUCCUGACAUAGUGUUUGAGUACGAGUAUAUAUUCCUCUGGGAUGAGGACCUUGGCGUCGAAAACUUUGAUCCUGUUGGAUAUCUGUCGAUUGUGAAAGAUGAGGGCCUUGAGAUCUCACAGCCAGCACUUGAUCCUGUCAAGUCCGAUGUUCAUCAUCCCAUUACUUCUCGCCAAAGUCGAUCCAGAGUUCACCGGAGAAUGUAUAAGUUCAAAGGCAGUGGAAGGUGUGAUAGUCAAAGUACUGCUCCCCCUUGUGUUGGGUGGGUGGAAAUGAUGGCACCAGUCUUCUCGAAGGCUGCUUGGCGGUGUGCGUGGCACAUGGUCCAGAACGACUUGAUCCAUGCAUGGGGCCUGGACCAGCUCCUCGGAUACUGUGCCCAAGGUGAUCGCACCAGGAAAGUUGGGGUAGUUGAUUCUGAGUACAUAGUGCAUCUCGGUCUCCCCACACUUGGGGUCAUGGACCAUAAUCAGAAUGCUACCAAUGUUGCUUCGGAAGGAAAAACCGCCUCAAAGUCGGACACUAAGGCAUCGGCGGGUUCCAAGGUGGUUGACAACAGAAUGGAAGUGAGGCAACGCUCCUUCAUUGAAAUGCAGAUAUUCAGGAAAAGAUGGAAAGAUGCCGUUGAAGAGGAUCAAUGCUGGGUUGAUCCUCAUCGAACGCCAGCAAAUAGAACCCCUCAUUGAUCCCUUCGAAGCUGCACAUUCUUCAAUUGAAGUCAUACAAUGACACGUGACAGAACUACACAUAACAGAAUUACACAAAGCGUGGGUGUUUAUACAUAAGGUCGAUGGCAUAUUCUCAGGACAGCUCUGUAAUUAAACAUCUUGUUACAUAGUGAUAUGAUAAACGUUCAAAUGUAAAUUGUCUAUUGUUGGGGGGAAAAUCUCACAAUCAUGGGGCUGAACCAUCCGUGGGGUCCGGGAUUGUUGACUUGGGUACAAUCUCUGGGUACACAUUUUCCAAGUCAACUUUAACUUUAACUCAACACACUAUACAAUAUUUAUCCUUUUCCACAAUCAAAAUCAAAGUUACUUUAACUCUGAAA